AUGCCCUUUGAGGUCGGGGACGAGUGCGAUGUUUAUCAGAAGCGACCGUUUCUGGCCGGGCUGAUCCUAACCAAUUUCAAGACGGGACAGAUUUCUUCGGAUUUUCGGGAGUACCUCGAUUCCCUGGGAAACCAGUGGCUGGAUUUCCAAUUUGAUGAUGGACCGGUACAAGCGCUAGACCCCGGCCCUUACGUCUUCCAAAACAAUGCCCUGAAGUCCGUGUGCCGUCUGUACGAUGACGAACAGCGAGCGUUUUUGACGGCUCUGAAGCCCAAACUCGGACCGUCCGAGCCGGCUGGCUUUCUGCAACUCAAGGUCGCUGGCGCAUCAUAUGACUGCCUCAGUAUCGCAGUCCCUCCGCGAACACCGGCCUCUAUCACCAACGGUCUCCCACGGCUCCGAGUCGUUGUGAAGGAUUGCUAUUGGCUCGAGGGUCUCAAAAACUCACUCUGCAAUCGGGCAUACUUCGAAACAGCUGAAGCAGCACCAUUCACGGCCAAUGUUGUACAGUCUCUGGUCACCAGCGGUGCCCACAUCCUUGGGUUGACCAAGCUGAGCUCCAUGAUCGCUCGUGAGGAGCCAAUGGAUGCGGUAGACUACCUCACCGCUUUCAACCCACGGGCAGAUGGCUACCAAUCUCCAGCUGGGAGUAGUAGUGGGAGCGCUGCGGCAGUGGCUGCGUAUGACUGGGUUGACUGUGGUGUUGGCACCGACACUAGUGGCAGCGGCCGACGGCCUGCCCUGGUUAACGGAGUCUGGGAGUUUCGGAUCUCCCACGACUCAACGUCACUCAGGGGAAUGAUUACAACCUAUCCUCUGUUCGAUACGCCGUGCGUCUUUACAAGAAGCCUCUCUACCCUUAGGCGUGUUGUCGAAACCUGGAUACCAAGCCCUACUCGAGACCCGUCACCACCUGCAUACAAGCUCGUAUAUCCAGUCGACUACCUGCCAGUGCAAAACGGCGAUCAAAUGAAACUCAUUGAGCAUUUUAUCGAUGAUAUGAAGACGCUGCUUCCCGCCACAGUCCUGCAGUUUUCCAUUCGACACUCCUGGAAACAGUCUCAUCCUCCUGGAACCCCUGACGACGUGGACAAGUACCUAGACGAUGUCGUAACUCGCACCUUUUACCACCAGUUCUACCACUCUUCAGAUGCAUUCCGCAAGACCUACUCCGAAACGCACAAUGGGCAGACGCCAUAUGUGAUUCCCUUCGUGCAGCGCAGGUGGGCCAAAGGCGCAGGUGUGUCGACUGCAGAGCACCAGGAUGCUACGCAACGAAUGCUUGUAUACAAACAGUGGCUUCUCGACACCCUCUUCUCGGACCCAAAUACCGAAACACUCAUUGUAGUCCCUGUGGCCAACGCGGCGCCGAAUUAUCGAGACGAGAUUUCACCCUCACCCGAGAAGCAGUCCGCCUUGGACGAGCUCUUCCUGCAACCCAUCCUAGGCGCCCCAGACGUGGUAAUCCCAAUUGGCGACGUACCUUACGAGUCUAGAAUUAGUGGUAAGACGGAGUUCCUACCUGUUGUGGCCAAUGUUGUCGCUGCGCCCAAGAGGGACUUCCAGCUCCUCCAGGCCAUUGAAAAGGUCAUGACGAGGUCAGGGAGGCCUACAGUCGUUUCUACUGGGCCAAGGAUGUUUCCGGGUAAUGGAGUAUAG